CUAGGCGUUUGACAUACUAGUUGUAAGGUCGAAGAAGAAGUAACUGGUUCGUAAGCUUUACGGUGAGAAACGUCUGAUUUGGAUCGUAUCUCAUCAUGGCUGACGGUCAGAGCGAUAAUUCCGCGGUAAAGAAAACAGAAUCGAAUCUUGAAAACUCACCUAAAGUCCUGGUGAAUGGUGAGGAGUUCGUAGGCUGUUCUGACCAGGAUCUCGCCGCUUCUUCAAAUUCUGAAGAAGAAAACGAUAAAAAGCUGGCUAUUCGAUCGCCUAGUGCUGCUGAUUCUCACUCCGAUACUGAUUUGAAAGAUCUACCGGACGUGUACAGUCCGCCUAACGACGAACUGAAGCAAAAAAUCAUAGCACAAGUUGAACUGUACUUGAGCGAUGAAAACCUGAGUCGUGACGCGUUCUUACUCAAGCAUGUGAGACGCAAUAAGGAAGGAUACGUAAAUUUGAAGCUAAUAACGUCGUUUAAAAAGGUAAAAUCCCUUACCAAGGAUUAUCGCGUCGUUGGUGAAUCUUUAAAGGAAUCGACCAAGCUAACACUGAAUGCUGAAGUGACGAAAGUGAAAAGAAAUAGCCCUCUUCCUACCGAACUGUUAGAGCGAAACCCUGGUCGCACAGUGAUUGCUACAAAAAUGGAUGAACCGACCUUUGAACAUGUUAGUGAAAUGUUUUCAAAGUGUGGAGAAAUUAUUCUCAUUCGUAUCAUUCGACCAGGCAAGUCUAUCCCCUCGGAUGUCAAGAGUUACCUGUCAAAAACCCAAGAUCUUACCACCGAAACUUUCGCUAUCGUGGAGUUCGAAACCAUGGCAGCGGCAGCACGUGCGUGUAGCGAAUUAACGAAAGAGGGAGGGAUGAAAGUAGUGGAAUUAGGCAAGCAAACCAAGAAGAAAGAAAAGGCAAAGAAUAGAGACCGUGAUGGUGAACCUGUACCUGACUCAGAUGAAGAACACGACGACAAAACGAAAAGAAAACGAAAUAGGGGGAAGCGGAAUAAGAAUAAGCGAUUAGCGGAACUAGCAGGGACCUCUACAGAUGAGGGUCAUACGAGUUCAUGUUCUUCUGAUACUGACAGCUCUUACAACCCAUUCAGCAGCUGUCAGCGACGAUAUAGGAACUCUCCAUCAAACAGCCCCAAGGGAAGCCCAAAAACAAGCCGCCGAGAAAUUGCACCUACCACAGGGUCGUGGCGAUCACCACAGAGUAGUCCAGAACCAGCCAGGAAAAGUCUUGGUACCCAUACUGUCAAAGAAGGUAGCUCUAGUGCACCUAACAGUCCAUGGUCACAGAGACGAAAGACUGCAUUACCCAGUGGACACUCACCAUUAGCCGAUUCUGAACUAGUAAAACACAGAAUGGUGCAGUUGGAAGGUGUACAACGGUUACCAAAAGGUCCAGAUGGUACCAAAGGGUUCAGAGCUGGCGUUGGUCGAGGAAGACCUAUGAUUGCUGUAGCGUGAUUUAACUUUAUUAAUAAUAAUUUUAAUUCAUUAAGGUCCAGAAAUCUUCAAAGUAAUAAUAUUUCUGGAUCAUGUGAAUACUUUUAAUGUAUGUUGAAUUUGUACAUAAAAUUGCUCUUGGUUGCAGUGUGCUGGCACUUUGACAAAUGGAUUGCCAAGGAGCUUUCAAUAUGUAGGACAUUAAUGUUUAUAAAUCCUCAGGCAUUGUUAUGUCAAGAGGAAGAGAUAAGUAUAUGUUAAUAUUGCUAAGGAAAUUUCCAAGGUGUGACAAUAUGGCAACAAAGUCAUUGAACUUGUUCUAGACAUUGUUGCACUGCAAGUCAAUGUGGCUUAAAUUGUACUUAAGUACUCCAUGUGAAGCAUGUCUUCUUACACCGAAAAGUAGGUCACCUUUACUAUCUACGACAGAAAGUGUGUUGCACAAGGAGGGAGAGGCCGAACUGGCAACAUUCAUGGCAACUUGCUGUUCAAUGAUGUUUUGCUACAAGUUCCACAACUUUGUAGCCUACCACACCUUUAGAAGCAUAAAGGUAUAGUAGUUUUUCAUAGAUGACAGUUUUAGGUUUAAACUCUGAUAGUUGAACAUUAUUUUAUCUAUAAACAAUAAGUCAGAGUAGGGUUUGAAUGUAGAUGCUUUUAAGUAGGAAGAUGAUUGCUUCUGAGGAAGUCUUACUUUUUGCUGGUCUACUUAUGCAGACCAUUGUGUAGUAAUCAAUGCUUUUAAGAUGGUUUUUUUUUUUCAAACAGAAAUAUUUACUCCACAUAUGGAUUCUUUCAGCUCAUAGUUUUUAAAUGUUUCUUUUACAAGCUUGUCUGCAAAUGUAUUGAUAUAUUUAUCCUUUUUCGCUCAGAAUUUCACAAUAAUUUUGCUCAAAAAUAUUAUUUUAUAAUAAACAGUGUCAUUGUGUUUUUUUAGGCUAGGGAAAAUUGUAAAAACAGAAGCUGUUGUUUUGAAGUAAGCACUGUAUUUUGGUUUAUACUGUCUUGCUGGACGGCAUUUGUAUUCUUUACUGGUAAAUAAAAUACCAGAAAAUAGGAUCUACUAUAGGUUAAUUUCAUUGUUUACCUACCAAUUUAUUAGGCUUUUUUUCCAUUUUAUUUAAAACUUUUUAUGUAUUAUAUUAUAACCCAAUGCAUGCUAUUGAUUAUUGUAUGUUAUACCAUGCAUGCAGUAUUGAUUGCUGUCAUGAUAAGUGGCAGUUUUUACUAUGUAAAUAACUUGUAGUAUGACUAGAAUGAGUGCAGAUGUUUGUACAUUCUUCCAGUGAAGAACUGUGCUGUGGUGGAUAAGUUUAUUUUGCAAUAAGAAUAAGGUAAAUUUAAUUUCUAAAGUAAAGUAUUAUUUUAAAAAGAUAUUAUAAGAUUAACACAUAUAGAAUAUUACAUUGAGUUGUAAAGGUUGUAGAACAAUUAUUAAUAAAGUGAGUGGAGUAGUGUGGUAACUAAAUUCAA